AUGCCAAACGGGAUAAUAGAGAAACUGACAUCCUUAGAGCAGUUGCAGAUAAAACCUGUGGACGUUGACAAGUCCAGGGAUCCAUUUGUGAAGGAGCUGGGCAAUCUGAGUGAGCUCAGGGUGCUCAGGAUCAAUAACAAUGAACCGAAUGUUGAGGAGAGCAUGUGGCAAUCAGAUCUGUUGCAAUCUGUAGGCAACCUCCACAAGCUGCAAAUCCUAAUACUGGACGGUUGGUUCAUUAGACCUGAACAGCAAUUGGAUAAAGAUGCAUGGGAUGCAGCAGUGCUCCCACGGCAUCUCCGGCAUUUGAUUCUGCCAAGUGUGUGGUUUUAUAGGAUGCCAUCUUGCAUCAAGGCAUCAAAUCUCCCCUCCCUUUCCCACUUGUUCCUGAAUGUGUAUGAUAUGGAUGAGGAGGGUCUGAGAAUAUUGGGUGGAUUGCAAGAGCUCCGUUACCUCUACCUGACAACGCCAUCCACGGUAACGCUAACCAACAUUGUCGCUGAUCGCUGCUUCCAGAAGUUGAGAUCAUGCUUGUUUGAUAAUUCAACUAUCCACAUUGAACUCCAUGAGGAUACAAGCAGCGUUUCAUUGCGUAUCUGGAAUGGAAGUGAUGAUGUGACCUUAUCUUCUGGAUCUAAAAAGGAUGGUUUCAGAGUAGCAGCACCGGCUGUUAUGCCAAACCUUGAAGUGCUGGAUUUUAAGGUCCAGGUGAGGGGCUUAAUGCAUAACAAUAGGAUCUGUGACAAUCUCGGUCUGGAGCACCUCACUUGGCUUAAGAAAGUUAAAGUUCGUCUAUGGUGUGAUGGUUCCUUUGCUGAUGAUGUGGAGAAGGAGAAGGCUGCGCUGAGACACGCAGUUGAAGAACAUCCCAACCAGCCCACACUCGAAAUCCACUUUAUGGAAUGA